AUGACGGUGUCCCUGCUUGACUACGAGAUUGACUGGACUGCGGCCCUCGCCAAAUGGCGUGAGAAGCCAAGGCGCCCUGCGAAGACUCCAGUCUUCGCAGCAGCAGAGAGGAAGCGCAAGAUGAAGGAGCUGGCGGACGACCAGGAACGGGAGAGGGUAGUGCGCGGUCUGGAGUGGGAUCGUGAUGAGUCGGAUGAGGACGAGGAGGAGGAGGCCUAUGAUGAGGACCAGGCGAUGCUGGACGACGACCCUUUCCGCGAGGUGGACGAGGAGGAGGAGGAGGCCUAUGAUGAGGACCUGGCGCUGGGCGACGACGACCCUUUCUGCGAGGAGGAUGAGGAGGAGGAUGUGGAGGAGAUAGCCAUGGAUCAGCCUGAGAGUUAG